AUGACUCCGCCAGCUGAUCCGGGACGGAGCCGGCGCGCGGCGGGGGGAGGCGGCGGCACCGGCACCGGGCACGGCCGGGGCGGCACCGGCGGGGUGGCGGUGCCGGCGCCGGGCCGAGUCGGGCCCGGCCGAGCCGCGCAGGAAGUGGCUGGCUCCCGUCCAGGUGGGACCCUGCCAGCGCUGAUGGAUGCCCGAGGUAAUGCUGUGCCACCCUGCUCCUGGCUAACCAGCACCAGUUCUUCAGUGGCAAGCUUUAUGUCCUUCUCCAGUAGCUAAAGCUGCCAGUUGAAGAACUGUUGAAUGUAGCCACUCUCUUCUGGUCACUGGGACCUUGGAUGCCAGCCAGAGCCGUGCCCUGUGUGAUGGGAUGAGCCACUCCACAGCGUCCUGAGGAUGAGUCCAACCAGGAUGAAGAAAGUCUCCUUGAAGCCUCCAGGCAGAGCCUUGGCUGGAGGAUUGCCAGGCAGCUGUGCCAGCAGGGCUGUCAGACUGUGUCCCCCCCUCAGUGGGGUGGCACUGAGCUGGGAGGUCACUGGAGGAGACUGAGAGAAGCAUUAAACGUUGUUUUGCUCAA